AUGGGACAAAGUUAAGAUAUUGUAUAAGGAAGUGAAAAAAGUUAAUAAUUCAGUGUACUAGUUUUGUGCUUACUAAAAUAAAAUUAAUAAGACACUUUAGGAUUUAAUUAUAGCCUACUCAACAAGAAGUUAAAUAUAUUUCCCUCUUUUAUAAUAAACCCCUUUAGAAUUUUUGUUAAUGACUUAGAUGUUUUUCAAACCUCAUAAGAAUUUUCAGAAUUUGUCUAAUGUGUAAAUCUGGAAAGCUAUUUAAAAAGAAUAGUUAUUUUUAUUGAUGUAAGUUUUCUAGAAUAAUUUAAUCGGAAAUAUUGCAAGAUAAUUUAGAGCGAAAUUUAUAAUCAGAUUUCAGAAAUAUUUAUAUUUGAUGUUAAAAUAAAUGCUGCUUCUUAACAAGAUUACUCAUAUAUCUAUAAAUAUUAUAAGAAUAUCUCAAUUUUCACUAAUAAAUAGUAAUGUUUUUAGAAGAUUUUAGAAAAUUGUCAAGGUUAAUUAUUUAAUUCAAAAGUUUAACUAAAUCAUAAAAGUACCAAAGUUGAUGAAGGAAUUAUUUAAAAUAUUACAAAUAUAAUUGAAGGUAAGAUUAAAAGAUUAAAUAAUCAUUAAAGCGAAAGUGAGAAUUAAUUUGAUAAUUUUUUCAAGGAGAUUACUGAUUAAAGAAAUACAAUAAUUUAAAGUUAAGCUACAUCCGCUCUUCAAAAUGGUAGAAAUUAAUUAAUUUCAGAUCGUAAAUUUAAUUAUAAAAUUAUGGAACAAAUUAGCCGAUAUACAAAUUGUAUUUUAGAAUAAAUAAUUGUGUAAAUGACGAAAUUUUAAAAAGAUUUUUAUUUUUGUCAAACUUGCAAGUUAUAUUUCCAUAAAUCUGAUUUUAAGUACAAUGCUUGCAUAUUUUUUAAUGGUUGCUUCAAAAACUAAAGUUGUUAAAAUUGCAAUUAUAUUUAGGCCUCUUUUGAUAAUUUAAAAAUUCUUUAUGAAUCUUAGAAAACGUGUUUUUAGAUUGAACAUUGUUUAUAAUAUCUAAACUAAAAUCAAAUGGUCUAAUCAGUUAAUGAUUAUAGUCAAUCAAAUUUAGUAAAUAAUUAUAAUCAUCAUAUUAUACUAAUAGGAAAAACUGGAGUUGGAAAAACAAGAAUAUUCAAUUUUUUAUGUGAUGGAAAAGCUGCUUUAAAUAUUUAAACAACCUAAGAACCUAUGGUGAAAAAGUGUUUAAAUAGCAAUUUAACAAUAAUGGACACACCUCCAUUUGAAUUAGAAAAAAAUGAUUUAAUAGAGGAUGGUGAAAAAAUAAAAUAAAAAUUCUCAAAUAUUCUAAAAUAAUAAUAAGUAUCAUAAAUCUUUAUAAUUGUUAAAUAUGAAAGAUUGCCAGCAAUGAAGUAAAACAUGGUAGCUUGUCUUAAAUUUUUAGGAUCUUUUAGAGAUAAAAUUUCUAUAAUUAUUAAUAAUAAUACUGAUCAUCCAAUAAUAGAGUGUUAGAAUGAUUUAAAAAAAAAAUUUGAAACUAAUAGAAUUUUGAUAUUUUGUAUGAAAUUUGCUUAAGGUAACCUAAAAGAUGAUAUAGAAGAACACUUAUAAAACUUAAAAGCAAAGUUGGAAUAUUUAAAGAUAGAUAAUACAGAUUUUGAUAUUAAUAAAUGUAAAAAUGAAUAAGAUGCAAUGAUAAAAAAAUUAGAAAAAAUUAAUAAUUAAAAAAAAGAAUUUGAUGAUAUUCAAUAAUUAAUUAAAGAAAAUCAACACAUUUCCGACUAAAUCCAACAUCUCAAUCAACAACAAUAAGCAUUAGUGGAAAAAUUUAAUAAGAAUUCAAAAAAAGUUUAAGAUUAUUUCAUUAAUAUGGGUUAAUAAUAAUUUAAUAACAGCUCAAUAUCCAAGUCUUAUUGA